AUGAAAAUUAAGAAGAAGAAUGAACAGUAGAGAGUUACAGAAUUAGGGGAACACAUUUUGAAAACUUAAAAUACUAUGUUGGCUGCUAAAAUCGAUUAAUUAAAGAAGGAGAUUUAAAAUAUGAAAUCUUUACCAGAAUAGACAGAGCGAGAGCUAGUUUAAUCGGAGGAACUGAUUCAUUAUAAAAAACUGAGUAAUUAACUGUCUCGAAGAAUACGAAUCAUUAUGGCUUAUAAUGAGGAGGCAAUUCAAAAAAAAGUGGCUUAAGAAGAUAUCUAACAAGAGAAAUUUGAAUGUCUAUGUGGUGCUAAUUAGAUUGAUUCUAUUAAAUAUUUACUUGUAAAUGGUCAUCAAUAAAUAUUGUAAUAAUAAUAAUAAGAAAUCCCACCACCAGAAGAAAAUAAUUAAUAAACUCAAUCUAAUCAAAAAGAUUAUAUAAAGAAAUUGAUCUAGGAAUCUUCGGAAGAGAAGGCUCAAUUGCUCCAUUAGAUUGAGGAGUUGAAAUUGCAGUAGAAGUUGCCUGAAGAACAAUUCUUUCAAACUCAAUUAUUUGCAGAAUUAGUAUAAUAAAAUAACUAUUUAACAACUACGCUAUUCAACAUCGAGGAGUAAUUGAUAUAGGCUUAAUUAAUCAAUAAAGAGUAACUUGAAAAAAACUAACAGUAAUUACAAUAGUAUCAAUUGGAGUGCGAAUAAAAAAUAAAAGAUUUAUUUUCAUAGCAAGAUACUAUAAAAAUAGAGAUCAAAUAGAGUGAUGAUUAGAUACAGAAUACUUUGAUUGAAGAAUUGAAAUCUUAAGUAGAACAUUCAUCCAAAAUGAUUGAGGAUCUAAAGAUUGAAUUGUAAUAAUGCAGAGAACGUAAUAAGGAAGCAUAAAAUCAAUUGGUUGAAUUAAUUAAUUUGAAACAGACAUUAUUGAAUUAAAAUAAUGAAUUGAAAUAGUAUAUAAGUGUUCAUAAGAUACUAUCUAAGGAUGAGAAAAUUGAAUAAGUGACACUUAGAUAUGAAAAACAUAAAUAAUUGUUGUAUGAAAUAGAAUAAGAGUAUGCAAAUACUAAAUCUAGUGAAUUCAUUCAAAGAUUUCGAGAAUUUGUUGGGUAUGUCAAGAUGAGAGAUGAAAAAGUGAAGGGAUUGGAACAAUAAUUGGAGGCAAAGAUAAAUGAUUGUAAUAAUAUAAAGAAGUAAAUACAACAAUUGAUUGACGAAUUAGAUUAUAAUUCAAAUUCUUUUAAUUCUAUUAAUGAGACUAAUAAGAAUCUAAGCAAACUUGUAAAUGAAACCCAAAAGAAUUUGAGCAGAGCUAUGUAAGAGAAGGUCGACGAACGUAUAAAGUUCGAAACAGAAAGAUAAUAAUUUCAAUAAAAAUUACAAAUUGCAGAUGACACAAUCAAAUAAUUACAAUAAUAGAAUGAUUAACAAAAAAAACUAUUAAAUCUAGUUGAAAGUGAAAAAAUGAGUUACAAAGAAACAAUUAGAACGUUACAAAAGUCAGAUGGUGAAAGCUAACAGAAAUUGCUAUAAAAAGAAUGGGAUAUUAGUAAAAUUUUAGAAGAAAGCAAAAUUAUAUAGGAAAGAGAGAAAUUGAGUGAGUCAAUCAAUGUAAAAUUCAUAAAAAAGGCAGAGAAGUCGAAAAGCAAACUAAAAUAUUUGAAGUUGUAAAUGAAAUUAGAAUCUAAAGAUACUGAUAAUGAACUAUUGACAUCUUUAAAAAUGAUGGUUGAUUGUCAAUAAUGUAAAAAAAGAGCAAAAUAAGUUAUUCUAAUGAAAUGCUUACAUAUGUUCUGUAAACCUUGCAUUGAUGACAAUCAAAAAAAUCGUAAUAGAGCAUGUCCAGUGUGCAGAGCUAAGUAUGGAAUUGAAGAGGUGAAAGCUAUAAUAUUAAAUUGA